AUGGGCACGCUGCCACUUGGCCCCGCACUGACACGGCCCCGGGCCCGCUCUCGCCCGCAUCUCCUCACGAGUACAAAAACCCCCAAAAACCCCAAAUGUGUGCACAACAAGGUUGUGCAGGGGCUGUGGCGCUGCCCUGUGCCCUCCGUGCCCAGGUACGUGUUUGCCCAGAGCCUGCUGGAGGCCGGGCACCUGCAGCCGCUGGAGUGGGCGAUCUACCAGGACUGGCACGGGUUCCUGCUGCGCCACCUGGGGCCCCGCGCCGCCCCCCACGCCUUCCUGUACCUGCGCGCCAGCCCCCAGACGUGCCUGGAGCGGCUGCGGCGGCGGGCGAGGAGCGAGGAGGCCGGGAUCCAGCUGGGCUACCUGCAGCAGCUGCACGGCCAGCACGAGCUCUGGCUGGUGGCCAGGGCCACCGAGAUCCAUUUCCCAGCGGCGCAGAGCGCGCCCGUCCUGGUGCUGGACGUGGAGCAGGACUUCGAGCACGACGUGGCCAGGCAGGGGCUGCUCAUGGCACAGGUGGAGGCCUUUGUGACAUCCCUGGGUGCCCACCCUGUGCCAUCCCAUCCCGACCCCCUCGGCCACGGGCAGGGGACGGCGACCGCCUGAAGACCCCGAGGACAGGGGACACUGUCCCAAGGACAAGGAACACGGUCCUGAGGACAGGGGACACGACUUUGAGGACAAGGGACAUGGUUCCAAAGACAGGGGACAUGAUCCUGAGGACAGGGGACACAGUCCUGGGGACAAGGGACACAGUUCCAAGGAGAAGGGACACGAUCCCGAGCACAGGGGACACGUCCUGGUCCCCACUGUCCCCCAGCCCCUCUGUCCUGGCUGGGGCUGGAUCCUCAGAGCCGUGUGGGGUUUGGGGCUCAGGGGUGCCCAGGUCCUUGCUGUGACCCCUGCCCGUUUUUGGGGUGGGUUUUCUGCUGGAAUUCCCAUGGAAAAUCCCCGGGUUGGACCCGACUCCCAUCAUUUGUUAAUUUAUAUUUCAUUUUUUUCCCUUGAAUUAAGAUUGAAUCUCUGAGGA